AUGGCUAAACACCAUCCGGAUUUGAUUUUCUGUAGGAAACAACCCGGAGUCGCUAUCGGCCGAUUGUGUGAGAAAUGUGAUGGAAAGUGUGUGAUUUGUGAUUCAUACGUUCGUCCGUGUACUCUGGUACGCAUAUGUGACGAAUGCAAUUAUGGAUCUCAUCAAGGUCGCUGUGUAAUCUGUGGAGGCCCUGGCGUAUCUGAUGCUUACUAUUGCAGGCAGUGUACUUGCAUGGAAAAAGACCGUGAUGGCUGUCCGAAAAUCGUAAAUCUGGGAAGCGCAAAAACAGAUUUGUUCUAUGAACGGAAAAAAUACGGAUUCAAGCAGCGGUGA